UAGUAACACACGGAAGUUUCAACAGGUUUAUUUUCGCUAUAAUGGAAGUCAAAUGGACUUGCAAUUUAUUGCGUUGUUUUUUGUUAAAUUCGUUUUUAACUGCUAUCUUAUCUCAGGAUUCUUUGUCGCCAGGACCUAUAGCAUAUUUGAUAAGUGGUAGUAAUGUAACAUUCACGUGUAUAACUAGUUAUGAUUGGAAUUUGACGUACUUCUAUGAUUAUGGACUAAUGGAAGAAAACUUUGCAAGAGUUAUAUAUCAGAGAAACAGUUCAAUUUGCAGACCAUUGUUUAUAGACAUACAUAUUGGUGUAGACAAAUAUACUGCUUUGCCAUGCUCUGUUGGUCAGCCAGUCAGCAUUACAAUUCGUUACAUUAAUUCAUCAUAUCAUAAUAAAACUAUAGCCUGUAGACUUGACCAAGGAAAACUGAUAACUACAACUGUCAAAAUUCGGGAGUUGCUAACUUCGCCAGAAAUAAAUCCUAGGGGAGUUACUACUAUUGAAGACGGGACGGUCUUUAGCUUUAAAUGUACAGCUAAAAGCAUUCCUACAUCAUCGAUAGAAUGGUAUAUAGGUGGAUCAAAGCUAAAUGGUACUAUUUCAACAUGUUACGCAACGGAAACUACAGUAGUUUCUACAAUCAUUUACCAAGCAAAGAAGGAACACAAUAAUAAAAGUCUGUUUUGUAGUGCGAACGAUUCCUUUACAGCGAUGAACUCUUCGUCUGCAACUCUCAACAUUGAAUAUGUUCCUACGAUACACAUUUAUCCUGGUUUUAACCCUUAUAUUGUGUAUGCAGGACAACAAAACGUUACAUUGGCAUGCGUAGUAGAUGAUGCAAAUCCUUCAGAUAGUAUUAAUUUUCAUUGGACUAAUCUUGUUGGUAUAUCAUCUGCUCACACAAUUAUACUAUCAAAUAUUUCGAACCUUCAUAGCGGAGAAUAUAGAUGUGAAGCUGAAAAUAAAGUAGGCAAUUCUAGUGUUAGCUCUACGCUAUUAAAGGUUCAAUAUGGUCCACAUCUAUCAAAUAUUGUCAACCAGUAUGAUAUUGUGGAAGGAGACAACUUAAUCGUGUCUCCAUUGGUAGAUUCUAAUCCUGUUCAUGGAUUGAUAUGGUGGACGAGACAGAAUGAUACAAACUUCAGACAUGACAGUUCUGUACUUGAAAUCAACAGAAUUAAUAGAACAUCAAGUGACAACUACACCUGUUACGUUAUGAACACUAUAACUCCUUCGGGGAUGGCUGAAAUGAACAAAACAACUAAAAAAACGUUCUAUGUUAAUGUGCAAUUUAAACCGUUUGCUGACUAUAGCAGUCCAUAUUCAUCCUUACAUAUUACUGAAAAGAAAGGCGGUACUCUUUUAAUGAAAGUCACAAUAACAGCUAAUCCUACACCUAAUAUAAAAUGGAGCUUCCAGGCUGAGGCGGAUUUUGGUUCCUGCAAUUUUAGCACAUUAUUAUCAAACACUACAACCACUCGAUUCCGUACUUCAUCAUUCUUAGCCUUCGAAAGUGUACAAAUAAGCAAUUUUGGCGAUUAUACUUUCACAGCUAAAAAUUCAGCUGGCAAUUUUGUUCGAAGAUUUUUCGUCACGGAAGAAGUCAAUGCCAUACCACCCUCAUUAGAAUAUGUUGUAUGCAAGAGCACAACAGCAAUUGUAAUGUGGAAACUGAUUUCUAACGGAGACAGAUCCUUGGAACUUUACGUACAGUAUGGUGAGCAUGGACGAAACAUUAAAUUAGAAAAAAUACAACAGGAUUACACGAACCAACUUAUGGCAUAUACAGUGAAUGGCUUAACUCCCAAUAGAAAAUAUACGUUCUCUAUCCUUGCUGUUAAUUUCUUGACCGAGUCUAAGUCCCGAACGGUCGAAUGUUUAACUGAUGUAGAAUGUUUUGUUGCGCGCUCGAACAAAGAGACGUGCGAUCCCGUAAAAGAAAAGCCUGUAAUAUUUCAAGUAGGACUAGCAAUGUUGAUUGUUGGACUGUUGUUCCUUACUUUCGUGGCAGUAUUUGUUGUCUGUAGCAGUUUCAAGCAUAGUGGACCAACUAAAUCUGAUGAUAAUAAGGAACAAACAAGUAAUACUAUCUUAAGAAGUGCAGAAAACAUGUCUGAGUUUGAAUCACGACCACCUCAAGAGCAAAGAAUAGAUUCAGAAAAUAUUGCUGAAGCAAAUACAUACGAUGAAAUGCCAACGCUACCAAAAGAUGUGGAACCAACUAAGAUAGAUUCAAUACACCUUCCUAAAACAAAUGCAUACGAAGAUAUGGACAAGAAAUUAAAAGGUGAAGAAUCAAAACCGUAA